CUGUGAGGACAAUAUUGUGCUUUGAUUGUUUUAUGCCAAACCAAAAUAAGCAUUAACCAAAAAAACUCGUUUAUAAUUAUGGAGCUAAAUAAUGUUGCUAUUGGGGAUGGCCAAACUACUGGUCCAGAGAAGCUAAAUGAGCUAAACGGCAGACAAACACCCUUGGCAGCUGAGCUGCCGCCCAAAAUCGAAAGAUCCAAGCCCCAGUUGCUAUAUGCCAUCAACGAGAAUCCUGUGUGGUACCUGAGCAUAUUUCUCGCGUUUCAACAUUAUCUGACAAUGAUUGGAGCAAUUGUCUCGAUACCGUUUAUAUUGACGCCAGCUCUGUGCAUGUCCGAUGAGGAUCCCAAUCGUGGUAUUAUCAUAUCGACAAUGAUCUUCAUUACCGGCAUUGUCACAUACUUUCAAGCCACGUGGGGCGUCCGAUUGCCCAUAGUUCAGGGAGGAACUAUAUCCUUUCUAGUGCCCACACUGGCUAUACUAGCGUUGCCUCAAUGGAAAUGUCCAGCUCAAGCGGAUCUGGAUGCCAUGGAUGAGGCGGAUCGCGAAGAGUUGUGGAAGAUUCGGAUGCGUGAGCUGUCUGGAGCAAUUGCAGUGUCAGCCAUGGUGCAGGUCGUCUUGGGUUACACUGGACUUGUGGGCAAGAUUCUAAAAUAUGUCACGCCCCUAACGAUUGUACCGACAGUCUCUUUGGUGGGACUUACACUUUUUGAGCACGCUGCGGAUACGGCCUCGAAGCACUGGGGCAUUGCUGUGGGAACCACUGCCAUGCUAACACUUUUCUCUCAAAUCAUGUGCGACGUAACGAUUCCGGUGGUUGCCUAUCGAAAGGGUCACGGACUGGAGGUGCGUCAGUUUCAGCUGUUUCGUUUAUUUCCCGUGCUGCUGACCAUCAUUAUUAUGUGGGGUCUGUGUGGAAUUCUCACCGCCACCGAUGUGUUCCCGCCAUCACAUCCGUCUCGCACAGAUGUCCGACUCAAUGUACUGACCAGUGCCAAGUGGUUCUAUGUGCCAUAUCCGUUCCAAUUCGGAUGGCCAUCUGUGACGUUGUCCGGUGUGCUGGGCAUGCUGGCCGGAGUGUUGGCAUGUACGGUGGAAUCCCUAAGCUACUAUCCAACAGUAUCGCAAAUGUCCGGAGCCCAAUCGCCUCCGUUGCAUGCCAUUAACCGGGGAAUCGGUACUGAGGGUCUGGGCACAGUACUGGCCGGUCUUUGGGGCGCUGGAAAUGGCACAAAUACUUUCGGCGAGAAUGUGGGUGCCAUAGGAGUGACCAAGAUCGGCUCCAGACGUGUGAUUCAAUGGGCUGCCGUAAUAAUGGUGCUACAGGGAGUUAUUGGAAAGUUUGGCGCUAUAUUUAUUCUGAUUCCCGAUUCUGUGGUUGGUGGCAUAUUCUGUGUCAUGUUUGGCAUGAUCAUUGCCUUUGGUCUGUCCACACUGCAGUAUGUGGACUUGCGAUCUGCAAGGAACCUUUAUAUACUCGGUCUGUCCAUAUUUUUUCCCAUGGUCUUAUGUCCGUGGAUGCAAAAAAAUCCAGGUGCCAUCAAUACUGGCAAUGAAACCGUUGAUUCUACAUUGACGGUGCUGUUGGGCACGACCAUUUUGGUAGGAGGUUUCCUAGGCUGUUUCCUCGAUAAUAUAAUACCCGGCUCGCCUGCUGAACGUGGACUUAUUGAGUGGGCAAAUGAGAUGCCGUUGGGCGAUGAUAAUAUCAAUGAUGGCACCGCCACAGAUUUCGAUUUUCCCUGUGGCAUGAAUGCCAUACGAAGGUGGAAAUGGACAUACUAUGUGCCAUUCCUGCCCACCUACAAACUAAAGAAACAAAACUGAAUGUCUCACUUAGAAUUAGUUGCAUUCCAUUGGUUGGCGGUAAUACAUCCCGAAAACUAUAAAAUAUAAUAAUAUUUUAAUACUCGAUUGUUAAUUAUGCCCAUUAUAAUAAUUGUUGGCUACACGUGCUUAGCAAAAGUUGCCCGUGUUUGUAUAGUACUUAAUAAAUGUUAGAUUUGUUACAGAUUAUAUGAUAU